AUGUUGGCAUGUGCGCAUGUGUGUGCUGGGAGGGGACAUGUGGCCAACAGGGUUGAGCAGCUGUGUUGUUGGUCUCCUGGUCUCCAGCAGAACACCAGCAUCACUCUGAUCCUCUACUGGGGCUACUCACAGGUGGGCAGAAUGAAGUUGCUGGUCCAUCUCAGUAUUUUCCUCCUCUGUCUUAUUGCCUAUCGCAUGUGUGGCGCCAGAAUCAUCGUUCCUGAAGGAGUUCCAUAUGAUGAGCCCCCAGCAGUUCCCUACUGGCCCUAUUCCACCUCCGACUUCUGGCACUACAUAGAGUACUUCAGGUCCAUCGGAGCCUACAACCACAUCAACGAGAUGGCCCGUGCCUUCUACGCCCACCAGCACCUGGGAGACACACUUGGAUACGAGACUGCGGAGGGACAUGAACACUGAGAGGCCAAGGAGACAAGGGGGACACAGGGUUUCGGAAGAGAGAGUUCAGGGGAGAGGGAAAUGUGUGGAGUUGAUACAACAAACAGGAAGAGAUGGAGGGGAGGUUGACGAAAGGCUGGGCAGAAACAAAGGCAGAAGGAAGCUUGCUCAGAGAUGCUAUAGUAUUAGAUCAUUUUAAAUAUGUAAACAUAUUAUAAUCUAUUAGAAAGUGGAUUAAAACCUCCCUGCCAACAUACAGUAUUCAUGUUUUUACUGUUUUGAAUGCAGUGGGGGAGUUAUAAUAAGUAAUAAAGAGUAAAGAAAAAAGGAGAUAAAGAACACAAGCUUCUUCUGCAGUCUGUGUAUCAUUCUCUCUGUAUAUAUUAUGUGCAAUGUAUAAUAUAAUAUAGAUAUUGUAGAGUAAUGUAGAGUAUCAGACAUAUUAUUGAACCUGUAGUGCUCUGUCCAGUGGCAGCCUUAAUGUAAAAUACUAUCGACGUAACGUGCAAUAUCAAAUAAAAGGAUGAAAGUUA